UUUCGUUGUCGUUCGCUUUGUUUCCUCCCCCACUCCCCCCACUUCCAUUCACUAAGCUUGUUUCCGAUGGCCAUUCAAAAAGAACCUGGUCAAAAGGGUGUCAACUGGUCCAACAUUGCCGUUGGUGCUAUCAUGAAUAUGGUGACGCUGCAUGUCCUUCAAGCAUAUACGUUUCAUUAAUCUUUUCUUCUGUUACCCUUGAAAUGAAUACAGUUUGUGAGUUCUAAGAUUGACCAAUCGAGUACAACCACUCACGCGCGUCCAUUUCAUUAUUAGGAGGCAUGUAGACUAUGUUUCCAACCAUAGUGGUUACGCUGUUGACAUUGGGUUAGGUCACCACUCUAGGGCAACCGUUGGAGGUCCUCAAGACUCAAAUGGCCGCUAAUCGGACUCAAACAAUGUUGCAAGCUUGCAAGUCGGUGUGGGCGCGAGGAGGGUUCGUCGGCUUCUAUCAGGGCUUGAUUCCUUGGGCGUGGAUUGAAGCUUCCACAAAAGGCGGUGUUCUUAUGUUUGCUGCUUCAGAGGUGGAAACUGCUGGUCUCGCUAUGGGCUUCAACCCCGCCGUUUCUGGAUUAGCUGGCGGAAUGUUUGGCGGUGUUGCUCAAGCUUAUGCCACGAUGGGAAUCACAACGUGUAUGAAGACCGCUGAGAUUACUCGUCAGAAAACCGCUGCCUCUGGAGUCCGGCCCCCGUCAACAUGGGCUCUGUUCAUGGAAAUCUAUCGCAAAGAAGGCAUUGCUGGUGUGAAUAAGGGUGUUAAUGCAGUGGCUGUUCGUCAAUGCACUAACUGGGGCUCUCGAAUGGGUUUUGCCCGACUGGCAGAAUCUACUAUCCGUAAGAUUCGUGGUAAACGUGAAGGCGAGACCCUUUCUGCGGUGGAUAAAAUUUUUGCGUCUUCGAUUGGUGGGGCUUUAGCCACAUGGAAUCAGCCUAUUGAAGUGGUCCGAGUUGAGAUGCAGUCCAUGGUCAAAGAAGCCGCCGCUAACACCAAUCGUCCCGCAAAAUUGACCGUGUUUAAUACACUUGCCUUCAUCUACAAGGAGAACGGAAUCAGAGGACUCUACCGUGGUGUCACCCCUCGCAUUGGACUCGGCAUCUGGCAGACUGUUUGCAUGGUUUCAUUGGCCGACUACGUCAAAGCUUGGGUCAAAAAACAAUGACCUACUUUAAUUAUCGUAGAUUAAUGCUUUUCUGUUAUUUACCGCCCCUAUACCUUUCACUUAGAAUCUGGAGUUACGCAUGAGCCUCUUUUAUGGGCC